ACGAGAAAUGUGUGGAUGUAAAAUCAUCGCUAUCGUUCAUUCAGUGAAUGAAUGACGAAAUUCAAGUUCAGCUGAUCAGUCAUUUAGUUGUUUUCAUCAAUGAUGGAGUGUGUUUAAAGAUUCACUUACUUUUUUUCACUAAACUCUCCGAUUAUCAGGUCUUAGUUUAAGGUUGUUACUAAGGUUAGCUUCUUCUUUAACACUCGUAUAGUAUUUGGUUUAAAUUUUACACUUAAACGGAACUUAAAGUGCGAAAAUUAAUUUAGAAGAGUGUUACCGGGAAUUACUUAAUAUUUUUUUUCUGUGACUGUGAACAAUUGUACAAAAUGGAAGGGACGGUGUUUGGAGUAUGGGACUACAUCAUUAUGGCCACAACGAUGGUCGCGUCCACGGCGAUCGGCGUAUACUUCCGAUUCAGUGGCGGGAAACAGAAAACCAAUGAGGAAUACCUCCUCGCAGACCGCAACAUGGCUGUAUUCCCAGUCGCUGUCUCCCUCAUGGCUUCUUUCAUGUCAGCCAUCACUCUACUAGGAGUCUCCGCUGAGAACUACUACUAUGGAAUGAUCUUUAUCAUCAUCAACAUAUCCUACGGCAUCGCAACUCCCAUCUGUACCAGACUUUACCUCCCAGUAUUCUUUGGACUACAAAAAACCAGCACUUACGAAUACUUAGAGUUGCGAUUCGGGCCUAAAAUAAGAAUGGUUGCUUCAUUAACGUACACAUUACAAAUGUUGUUAUACAAUGGAAUAGUUCUGUAUGCCCCAGCUAUAGUUCUAGAAGCAGUUACCGGCUUAGAUAAAUUAAUAUCAAUAUUAGUAGUCGGAUUAGUAUGCACCUUCUAUUCUACUUUAGGAGGCAUGAAAGCAGUAUUAUUUACAGAUCUCUUACAAUCCUUGUUAAUGUUUGCUGCUGUAUUCAGUGUUGUUGUAUUUAGUUCUAUUGAACUUGGAGGAUUUGGUCAAAUAUUUGUAAAAGCAGCAGAGGGUGGACGCCUUAAUUUCAACAAUUUCAGCGUCGAUCCGACCGAGAGACAUACAUGGUGGUCUCUCAUUAUUGGUGGUAUGGUAACAUAUGUAUCGUUAUACGCUGUUAAUCAUACUCAGGUCCAAAGACUGUUGACUGUGAGCACACUGGAUAGAUCGCAGUGGUGCCUGUGGUGGAGCUGGCCAGUGCUCUCUAUUCUCAGCAUCUGCACAUGCAUCAGCGGCCUGGCCAUCUACGCAGUGUACAGGGACUGUGACCCCCUCAGUAAUGGGAUGAUUACUUCUAACGAUCAGUUGAUGCCUUACUACGUGGUGGACGCGAUGAGACAAUACCCAGGGUUGUCAGGGCUCUUCGUAGCAGGCAUCUUCAGUGCCUCUCUGUCCACAAUAUCUUCGGCUUGCAACUCCCUGGCAGCUGUCACCCUCACAGACUAUGUUAGCAGGUGGUUCACAGUCCGUCAAGCGUAUAUUGCUUGGCUGACCAAAAUCAUCGCGUGCGUAUACGGCCUGGUGUUCCUAGGCCUGGCUUUCCUCGCUGAGUACCUGGGCGGAGUCCUGCAGGCCGCGCUGACCAUCUUCGGAGCCGUCGGAGGACCCCUGCUUGGAGUGUUCACGCUUGGCAUGUUCACCACGUACGCCAAUGAACUGGCGGCGUGUAUAUCUCUAAUCAGUGGCAUGGCUGUGACUCUGUGGGUCAGCUUUGGUGGCCCGCGGCCACCGAUCCCGAAGUUGCCUCUCAGUACUGUAGGCUGUGGGGUCAACGGCACCAUCAUAGAGCCAGUCGAAGUCGACCCUAGUGCCUACUUUUAUAUGUACCGGGUGUCCUACCAGUGGACUGGCACUAUCGGCUUCUUAUGGGUGAUGAUAGUGGGCACUGUCAUCUCACUGGCGUGGAGACAGCAACAACCUUGGGAGAAGGAUGGCCGCAAAUAUCCGGACCCUGCAUUGUUCACUCCUCCCCUCGCCAGGAUCUUAAAAAGAAAGGCCGAGAAGGAAAAGCCCGCUGUCCAGAUGGAGUAAAUAGACGCUUGAUGCUGCUCUGUAGAUAGCAAUGACUCUACAACAGUGCGAACUUCUGAAAUACAACGGAAUACAGGAUUGAAAUUCAGAUUCUGCAAAUAGACAAUGGAAUAAUAUACUUCAUUUGUUACAUGUACUACAAAAGAAAUAUUUUACACCUAAUAAUUAAUUAUAUGAUUUGCUAGAGAUGAUCGCACAGUACUUAUUCGAAUGUUUCAAACUCUGGAAUCUAAGGUGUAACUUCAAGGUGCACUGACGAAUUCAUGUAAUACACCAACAACACAAACACGAAUUUAUAACCCAGAAGGCCUACGACGAAACAUAUAAACAUUUAGUACAUUGCCAACGUCCACAUGCUGCCUCUUUUUGCCAUAACGUGUAAAAAAUUAGAGAACGUGUGGACGCAGUUACGUGCUACGACAUGAGCAUAACGACAUGCGCUUCUAUGUCUUUAGCUUUGGGGCUACCAUGAAACAUAAAACACGUAACACGUGAUUGCGUGUGUGUCUGUUCCUACUGAUCUCAUUCAUUUAUUUGGAUAUUCUUGCCAGUCUCAUAAUAGGCUUUGUUUUGCUUAUAUGUACUUAAUUCAUAAAAUAUGAAUUCAAAUUCAUAAAAUAUCAUGCAAUUUCAAGCAGUAUUAUUGCAGAGACUAUUUUCUCUACAAAUCAUUGCACAUUUAAAUAUAAUAAUGUUGGGAAAGAAAUUCUCAGAAAAUCGUAGUAAACAAAUUUUUGUCUCUUUGUUUUAUUUGUGGUGGAAAAUGUCGUCGUUAGUGAGAAAAAAAGAAUUUGUUAUUUUAUUUAGUGAGAGCAACACUGUUGUAAAUUUCACAAUAUUUUAACCUAAAUAGCGAAAAAUGUAAAACAAAAAUAGAUAUAUUAAAGGAAUAAUAACUAACAUAUUCAUACUUGCUAAUCUGAAGUUGAAAGCUAAAUCAAGUAAAUUGCAUCUUAGAUAGAGAAUGACUAGAAAAUUUUGAAACUAAACCAGAAAAAUUUAUACACAGACUUUGGAUGCCUUAAAAAUCGAACAUCAGUGUAGAUCGAACAACACCGAUUUAUAAUUUUUUUAAAUGAGAAAAAUACUUAAUAAGGAUUUUUAUGUUAUGCAAUGAUAAUCAAUUUCGAUAUAAGUAAAACCAAUACUACAAGGGAUGUAUUCAUCCGUAAAUACAAGUAAUGUCAUAAAUCAAGAAUUAUAUGCUUACUUACCUAACGGGACAAUAAUACGAUGUACUUUAUGAACAUAACUGUAAAAGGUGUGCCUGUAAAUUAUACUUAGUAAAAUGACUUAAAUAAUAAUAUGAAAAAUAUUCGAAUAAUGCACAUGAGCUAAUAUCAGUAUCUGUUUUGCACAAAAGCACUUAUUGGCAUUAUACGAAUGAAAUACUAUUUUCUAAAUUAAUGAUGAAGUGGCUUCCAUUUUUAUAAAGACCUACAAACUAUUGCUUAGUAGCAAUUUGUGUGGUUGUUUGUAGUGUCACUGACGCAAUGAUAUGUACAACUUAUACAAUCACAAUAUUGUUAUAAGAAAAUUAUUUAUUAGCUCGAGUAAUGUGUAUAAAUAUAUAUUAACCGACAGGUAUUAAACGCGCACAUACCUUUUUUAUUUCCCAUUAUUAAUUUUAAAAAGUAUAAUAUAUAAUCGUUUAAUAUAUAAUUUAAUAUAUAAUCUUACAACGCGCAAGUUUAGAAAUGUGUAUAAAUAUCAUUGAUUACAAUUUAUUACCAAUUAUAUGUAAGUCCUAAGUCAAUUAAAUGUAAAUUAACCGAACGUCAUUUUUAUAUAUAUUCGACUUCUCAGUUAUUAUUUUUAUUUCAAAGACUAUAUGUUUAUCCAAGUUGGAGUUUAUUAUUUAAAAAAAAGUUAGUUAUGUGGAAACCAUAAACGAAUAUUUUUUGGGCUGUGCUAAUUUUUAGAAUUGUCAAACACUUUAUAAUUUAAAAUAAGUACAUAUAUGUAUUCACUUCGAAGAACAUACGAUUCAAUAUUUUUUAUUUUUAUAAUAUUAUUUAGUUGAUGUAUUUUGAAUACGUGCACUAUUGUUUUAUUAUGUCUUUUAAAAUAAAUAUGGUUGUUGAAAAAUAAAGUGAGUAAGUAGUUAAAUUUAGUAAUUUAUAUAUAUUAAUUUAGAAUGUUAGAAGUGUAUUUAUACUACUAUUUUUUUAAAAGACAAAUGUAUGACGUAAAUAAUUAUAUUAUGCAAGUAAUACAAAUGAAACUGCCAUGUCUUUAUACAAUUUCGAAUUAUUUCUCGUCUAACCAUUUUUCAUUAUUCCAAAUAAAAAAUAUUUGCUCUUCCCUAGCAAUAUACUUUCAAGUAUCUGAAUGAUGUAAUUUAUGAACGAAGGAAGCACACCAAAAUGCUAUACAAAAUUACAUAAUUUCGAGAUUAAGAAUACAUAUUGUUACAGAACAGAUUUUUUUAUGUGGAACGAUAAUUAAUGGGUCGAACGAAUCAUCAUUUCAUAUCACUAGAUCAAUCGAUAUACCUAAUAUAUUGACCAGAAUUGUUAUACGGGUACCGUGAGAAUGUAGUGACUAGGCAUUUUACAACAUAGUAUUUACCAGUUACAUAUAAACAGUGUUUGUUAUUUUUUUCAAUAAAUAUAUUUUCUUUAAAACA